CGGCAAGCGGGAGGGACCAAUUGCCCCAAUCAGUGCUCCUGGGUAGCCCCAAGCGUGGAAGGUCGCUCCAAAGGAAGACGUUUCUGCAAAGUCGAGGUAGCCGCUGUGGUAGUCAUGAUUGGGUCCCUUUGCCGACAACCCGCAGUUUUGCGGCUGGCGGGACGCUCACGACCCUCGGGAUAUUUUGUGCAGCAGCUGAGUCAGGGGGGACAGAGCUCCAGUGGCGAGGGCAAUGGGUCAAAGGAGGCGGUGGAGCGACUGGUGCGCGCACAUCCGGUGGUGGUGUUCAUGAAGGGGAGCCCGGCCCAGCCCCAGUGCGGCUUCAGUAACGCGGUGGUGCAGAUUCUGCGUCUUCAUGGUGUUAAUGAUUAUCGUUCCUACGAUGUCCUCCAGGAUCCCGACCUCCGGCAAGGAAUUAAAAAUUAUUCCAACUGGCCUACUAUUCCUCAAGUCUACCUCAAUGGUGAAUUUGUGGGAGGUUGCGACAUACUACUUCAGAUGCAUCAAAGUGGAGACCUAGUGGAAGAGCUUAAGAAAUUAGGAAUUCAAUCUGCACUUCUAGAAUCUGAGAAAGACCAUGACAAAAAAUAAAAUUACUGUGACUUUGACAAAGACAUCUUUUGAUAAUUAGUACCGGAAAAGCCUUCUGUACUUUAGUUUUUUAAAAAAAACAAGUUUUGAAUUAAUGAAGUUUAUCAUUAAGCAUUCUGUUGUCUGUUGCACAGUAUGAUAAACUGAUACAUAUUUUUAUUUUUGUCACCCAUUUACAAUACUAUAAAAAUAAAAAAGGUAAUUCACUUCUAUUUUGCACUGCUUUGUAUUUGAUUAGUCAUUUUAGUUGCCUUUAUGCUAAGAAUUUAUUCCAGAAUAGUUGGGAUUAUUUCUUUAAAAAAAAUCUUUAUGAAACAUUUCCUUGAGUUAGUUCUGUGGAUUUUGGCAUGUUUAAUUGCAUUUCUUUCACAUUGCAGAUGGUCUAACUUCUUUACAGAAAUACCUGAUGAUAUUGGUGCUCUUCCAACUUGUUAAAGAAGAAGCUUUUGACAGGAUGAUUCUUUGGGAGGCUAGGUAGUCUCUCAUCUUAAUUUUUCUUUAUUUUAACCUAAUUAUUCAUGUUAAUAAUAUUGACAUUGUUUCUAUUAAGAGAUAAUGUGCAAAAAGUUGAUAGCAAUAUUUCAGUUGAAAGGAAACAGGCAAUUUGUUAAGAUUUCCAGACCAUCUAAAGAAUUAAGGGUGCAGAUAACAUUUGUUCAUUAAAUAUUUGACUUUAACAUUUGUCCCCUUGCUACUUUUAUCUGGUAGGUUAGUGGUUAUAGACUCUUUGCCUUGUAUUAUUUCACUACUAUUAAGAGCUAUAGAUUACCUCUUCAUUUUGACAAUAAAAAUAAUACUUAGGUUUUAAAAACAGCUUUGAAUGUUGUAUUAAUGUGACUAAAAGUGGAAAAAGUUAAAGACUU